AUGCAUGUGAAAACUGUGCUCAUCCUCCUCGUUCUGGCUUUAGCCACGAUAUUUGCCUUACCGGACCCCAACAUCACCGAGUAUGUGGUGGGUCCGCUGCCAACGCCAGUGUAUCACCGGGACGUCACGGUGCAGAAGUACGGGGGGAAGGUGCCGUACCACCGCAGACCAGUUACCGGUAAGGAAUAUGUGGAUAUCAAUGCCCUCAUCCAGCAGGAGCUGAGAAAGGCACCACGUUUUCUCUCCGCGUGCUGCGGGUCCGAUGGCACUGACCUGGCCAUCCUCACAACAGCCCCGCGGGGCUUUAAGUCUGGCGACCGUGUGACCUGGUUUGUCCUCUUCCGCAGCGUGCCCGGCACCGGCUACUACCUCUCGCCAGUGGGGCUGGAGGUGCUGGUGGAGCACGGAGACCUUCAUGUCUCCCGCUGGUGGCUGCGCCAAGUCUUCUAUAAUGGCCAGUACUUUGCCAGCACAGAGGAUCUGGAGAAUGCAUUUGUGGCCAACUUACUGGAGGUCGUCAGGAUCGAGAAGCCGCAGGCUGAAGCGGUGCUGGGCUCGAUGAGACCCCGGCACCCGCCUGGCUCCCCUGCGCCGCUGCAGUACGAGCCCCAGGGUCCCCGCUACAGCGUCAGGGACAACCGCGGCCCCGUCCAGUUUGCCUACGAGCUCGUCCAGGGCCUCGACUGCCCCUACACAGCGACCUAUGUGGACCGGCACUACCUGGUGGAGUCAGAGACCCCCAAAACCAACCAAAACUCACUCUGCAUUUUUGAGCAUGACGCUGCCCUCCCUCUGCGGCGCCACUUCUCUGACUCGCAGUCCUUGUACUACGGUGGGCUGCGGAAAAACACGCUGGUCAUCCGUGCUGUCUCCACUCUCAUCAACUAUGACUACAUCUGGGACUUCAUGUUCCAUGGCAGCGGGGCCGUGGAGGUUCGGGUGCAUGCCACCUCCUUCCUCCACGGCCGAGGCACCGACUAUGGCAACAGGGUCGGGCCCCACACGCUGGGGACGAUGCACCUCCACCACAUCCACUACAAGGUGGACCUGGAUGUUGGCGGGCAGCUGAACUCUCUGGAGACCCAGGACAUGGGUUACGAGCUUGUGAAAGACCCCUGGGACAUGCAGAACACCAUCGAGCGGCCAUACCUCCGCAGGGAGAGGCUUGAGAGAGAGGACGAGGCAGGAUUCCUGCUCAAUGUCCCUAUGCCCCGCUACCUCUCCUUUGCCAGCUCCAAGCCCAACAAGUGGGGGCAUCCACGCAGCUACCGGAUCCAGAUCACCAGCUUUGCAGGGGAGCACCUGCCUGCCAGCAGCCCCAUGGAGAGGUCCAUCAGCUGGGGCAGGUACCAGCUGGCCGUCACCCGACGG